AUGCAUUUCCUGGCACUCUUCACCCUCUGCCUGGUCCUCUGGGCAGAGCUCAGCACUGCUGUCAUCCCAGCGGAGGAGGAGGAUCCAUCCUUCUGGAACAAGCAGGCAGCUGCAGCCAUCGAGGCCUCCUUCAAUCUUCAGCCCAGGAUAAGCCAAGCCAAAAACCUUAUUCUCUUCCUUGGGGACGGAUUUGGGAUAUCCACCAUCACAGCCACUCGCAUCCUGAAGGGGCAGGAGCAGGGGAAGCUGGGCCCUGAGACUCCCCUUGCCCUGGAUACUUUCCCUUACUUGGCUCUCUCCAAGACGUACAACGUAGACCGGCAGGUGCCCGACAGCGCAGGGACAGCCACAGCCUACCUCUGCGGGGUGAAGGGCAACUACCAGACCGCAGGAGUGAGCGCCGCCGCCCGCUACCAGCAGUGCAAAACCACAGCGGGCAAUGAGGUCACCUCAGUGCUGGAGCGAGCCCGCAAAGCUGGGAAGGCGGUGGGCAUCGUGACGACGACGCGGGUGCAGCACGCCUCCCCCUCGGGGGCCUAUGCCCACGUGGUGAACCGCAACUGGUACUCGGAUGCCGACAUGUCCAAGGGGGCCCGUGACGAGGGCUGCAAGGACAUCGCCUGGCAGCUGGUCCACAACGUUGACAUCAAUGUGAUCCUGGGAGGUGGUCGUAAACACAUGACCCCUAAGGGGACACCAGACCCUGAGUAUCCCAGCUACCCAUCUGAGAACGGGACACGUGAGGAUGGGAAUAACCUCAUUAACAAAUGGCUGGAGGAACGGCCGCAUGCUCGCUAUGUCUGGAACAAGACGGAGAUGCUGGCUGCUGCUGCGGACCCUGAUGUGCAGUAUUUGAUGGGUCUCUUUGAACCUGCAGACAUGAAGUACAACCUGGAGCGUAACACCACCCUGGACCCAUCACUCACUGAGAUGAUGGAGGCAGCCAUCACCAUCUUGAGCAGGAACCCCAAUGGCUUCUAUCUCUUUGUGGAAGGUGGUAGAAUUGACCAAGGCCACCACAGCAGUGAAGCCCACAAGGCACUGACCGAGGCAAUAGAGUUUGACUCUGCCAUCGAAAGGGCAGGCACCCUGACAGAUGAGGGGGAGACCCUCACCGUCGUCACCGCCGAUCACUCCCACGUCUUCUCCUUCGGUGGCUACACGCUGCGCGGUUCCUCUAUCUUUGGUCUGGCCCCCGGCAGUGCCGCUGACAAGAAGAGAUACACAUCCAUCCUGUACGGGAACGGGCCAGGCUACCCAGGCACUGACCGGCCCAACGUGGAUGAGGACACAGCUCAUAGGUAUGGCUACCAGCAGCAGGCAGCUGUGCCACUCGACUCUGAAACCCACAGUGGGGAGGACGUUGCCAUCCUGGCCAAGGGCCCCAUGGCCCAUCUCUUCCAUGGCGUGCAGGAGCAGACCUACGUGGCCCACGUGAUGGCCUAUGCUGCCUGCCUCGAGCCCUACACCGCCUGCCGCCAGCGUGACUCUGCCCCUGGCACUCGUGCAACCCCUCUGGCCCUGCUGCUGCCCACCCUCCUCCUCUUCCACUGA